AUGCCAGAAAGUGUUAUACCACUAAAUAUCAAGGCACUUACUUUUAAUAUAUCUCGCUAUAAAAUCACCAGCGAAACGGCUGAACUAGUCGAUAGCAUGUUUAUCGAAUCAUGGAAUACAAAUAAUGCUCAUUUCGAUUUGUUUUAUCAACAAUGUGCACCUAUAUCAUGUUCGUAUAAAAUUAUAGAACAACGAGACACGAUUAUUGCUCUUCUAUUAGUUAUAUCAAUUUUGAGUGGACUCAAUCGAUUUUUAAGAUUAAUUGUUCCAAUGAUUAUAAAUAUUGUUUUUUUUUCUCGAGGAAAAUGGCGAAACCUGCAGCUUGGACGUGGUAUGUACAAUGAACAGUGUUAG